GAAAGAGAAAAAUACAAUCCUUGUUAGAAUAAACUAAGCGGAGAGAGACUUGGUGAAAAAGUAUUUUACAACUUUUAUUACUAUACAUAUGAAUAGCGUUGUAAAGUUUCUGCAGACGGUAUAUUGCAAAUUUACGAUUGCAUUUCGUCGCCUCUGCAGUGAUAUAAAUUAAUCGAUUAUUACAGCAGAAAUUCAUGUGAUAAGUAUAAAAACGAAUGCUCGAGUUACCGAGGGUGAAAUAAACGUUGAGUCGACUGAAAUCGUGGAAAUAAGUGAGCUAAUAGUAUUAAUGACAAGUUCCAGAACCGAGUUCCAGUGUCGAGGUGUUUUUUGAGCUUCGCAGUGAUCGAAGAAAAUUUAAUAGUAUAAAUAAUCUUUCGUUUGUAAAGUUUUGCGACGGUUUGCCAGCAGCAGUAGCAGAUUCUGCGAGAGAGAUAUUGCAACCUCGUUCAUCGCUGCUUUGAUAGGAAAUAAACAAGAAAUAAUUAAGAAUACAGAAUACUCAGCGACUUUAUCCAUCGCAGAAAAGUUGUUCGUUUCAUACUUCGUUGUGUGUGAUAAUCAAGAAGUAAAAUAAAGUUGGUAUAAGCAGAGGGGUAAAAAUUACAAGUAAAAUAAAGGGCAGAGGGAGAGGAAGAGAGAGAUACCGAAACGAAAAAGUGUGACUGAAAUAAAUUUUUGGACUGCACGCGCAACUUCAAGGCGGUACCAUGUCUUCUUCUUCGGUGAAAUUCUACGCGAGGAUCACGAUUUUAUUACUAUGCGGACUCUGCAUCGGAACGACACAAGGACUGAACUGCUUUAUAUGCGGCAUGUACAACGACGGCGUCGGCAGCAUUACUCCCUGUCUAAAUUACACAGCUCAGAUGCAUCUGAACGAGUGUCCGAAGGACCAUACAUGGUGUAUCAAAUACGUCAGCGAGGGUUCCAUUGUUCGAGAUUGUGUACCGGAAUGCCAACAAAAAGAGUCCUGGAGCACUAAAACGUACUGCUGUCGGGAAGAUGGAUGCAACUCGGCCCCCAGAUCGUCGUCGUCCACUUCCAGUGCCAUAAUGUGCGCCUUGGCAGUGCUCCUCAGCCUCUUCCUUCAGCAGGGGAGCAAUCUUCGUGGCUAAUAACGCUGCUUCGAGGGGUCCGGACAUAAACAACAACGGCGGGUGGUAACAGACCGUGAUUAAUUCCCCAUCUCACCCAGCGUCUCUGCUUCCUCUUCUUUUUCCUCUUCUCCUUUCUAUUCUUAUUAUUAUUCUUCUUAUUCUCAUCCACUCAAACUUCACGUUCCUUUAUCUCAUUUCAUCUUUCUCUUUUCUCCCACCCUCCGCCACUUUAGCUGUCUUGUGUAUUGUGAUCGGAAAACAAACGAACAAAGGAGAAUCAGAUAAAAAUAUCAAUAACAAUAAUAAUGUAAGUAAUAAUUGAAAUACGGUAUACCUUGUUUCUUCUUUUUCAGUGUUUAACACUGCGAGCUUUUUUACUUUGCGAAUAUUAAAACUUGUCAACGAAAUUCACAAAAUUUUAUCCGAAUCUAACGAUUUUUCUUUUAUUCUCCUCUCUCAUUCUUCAUUUUCUUCGAAUAAAUAUUCAC